AUUUCCCGUCGUACCUUGUGUCAAUUUGCAAGGAUACGGUCUGUUCCCGGUGUCAAGAGAGACAGCGGAGAUGACUGCUCCCCUGCUAGAAAAGAUGGCGGAGAAGACCGAAAAGAAAUAACAGCGGCCGGAAGAGACAGGGAGGUAACGACUGUUGUCAUGCAUUUGGAGAUCUGAGUACUUCAGCGUCUUUGUGGGCCUGUUGUGGACAAGAUACUUUCUUCUGCUGACCAGAAUAGAUUUGGGAACCAGAAAUGGCAAGUAGCAGUGGAGGUGGCAGCUGCAAGCCAAGCUCAAACAGCUGGUGCAAGUCACAGGAAAAGCUUCCUGUACAUGUAGAGGAUGCCUUAUCCUAUCUGGAUCAGGUGAAAAUCCGUUUCGGAAGUGAUCCAGCUACUUAUAAUGGCUUCCUAGAAAUUAUGAAGGAAUUUAAGUCUCAAAGCAUUGACACUCCAGGUGUAAUACGGCGUGUUUCCCAACUAUUCCAUGAGCAUCCCGAUUUGAUGUUGGGCUUUAAUGCUUUUCUACCACUUGGCUAUAAAAUUGAGCUUCCUAAAAAUGGCAAAGUUGUCGUUCAGACGUCACUGGCAAGCCCGGUAUCUGCAGAUCCUGCAACAAGCAACGUGCCCAGCACUCGGAUAGUGGUUCCUACUGUGCCUGAAAAUUCACAUAGUGAUGUGGUGGAAGAUGCACGUCAACAGGAAAAGGAAAAGAGUACGGCUCCUCCAGAAUCGGACUCUCUGGAGUUUCACAAUGCUAUCAGUUAUGUUAAUAAAAUAAAAACAAGAUUCCUCGACCGCCCUGAAAUCUAUAGGUCUUUCUUGGAAAUCCUCCAUACUUACCAGAAGGAUCAGUUAAAUCCAAAAAGCCGUCCAUUUCGUGGUAUGUCUGAGGAAGAGGUGUUUACAGAAGUGGCCAAUCUAUUCCGUGGACAGGAGGAUCUGCUUUCUGAAUUUGGCCAGUUCCUUCCAGAAGCCAAGAGAUCAUUGUUCACUGGAAAUGGUGCAUGUGAUCUUGGUAGUGCCAGAAAACUUGAGUACCAGCGUAACCUGGAAAGUCGAAAACGUUCCAGAUCUCUCCUUUUACGCCCUAUGUCUUGUCCUUCCAAGAAAAAGAUGAAAAUGCGAAAGUCCAAAGACCAGUCAGUGGCAAGUGUGGGCAAGUAUGGUACUCUUCAGGAAUUCUCCUUCUUCAACAAGGUUCGUCGAGUUUUGAAGAGCCAGGAAGUUUAUGAAAAUUUUCUGCGAUGCAUUGCCCUGUUUAACCAGGAACUAGUAUCUGGCACUGAGCUUUUACAGCUUGUCACUCCUUUCUUGGGAAAAUUCCCGGAGCUCUUUGCUCAGUUUAAGUCUUUCUUGGGUGUCAAGGAACUCUCCUUUGCUUCUCCAGUAACCAAUGAUCGUUCUAAUGAAGGGAUAGGACGUGAAAUAGACUAUGCCUCCUGUAAACGAAUUGGUUCCAGUUACCGAGCACUUCCAAAGACCUAUCAGCAGCCAAAAUGCAGUGGUAGGACUGCUGUCUGCAAAGAGGUGUUAAACGACACAUGGGUGUCUUUUCCAGCCUGGUCUGAGGAUUCUACUUUUGUGAGUUCUAAGAAAACCCCAUAUGAAGAGCAGCUCCACCGUUGUGAGGAUGAAAGGUUUGAACUGGAUGUUGUCCUGGAGACCAAUUUGGCCACAAUCCGUGUACUGGAGAGUGUCCAGAAGAAACUCUCUCGCAUGUCUGCUGAAGAUCAGGAAAAAUUUCGACUCGAUGAUUGUUUGGGAGGAACAUCAGAGGUUAUCCAGCGACGGGCUAUCUACCGUAUUUAUGGGGACAAGGCUCCAGACAUAAUAGAAAGUCUCAAGAAAAAUCCAGUCACUGCCGUACCUGUUGUACUGAAACGAUUGAAAGCAAAAGAAGAAGAAUGGAGGGAGGCUCAGCAAGGAUUUAAUAAGACAUGGCGGGAACAAUAUGAGAGGGCAUAUCUAAAGUCUCUGGAUCAUCAGGCUGUUAACUUCAAGCAGAAUGACACCAAAGCUCUGCGUUCAAAGAGCCUACUCAAUGAAAUUGAGAGUGUCUAUGAUGAGCACCAGGAACAACAACCAGAUGGCAGGACGGCUGCAUCUAAUGGACCACAUCUUAUUUAUACGUAUGAGGACUGGCAAAUAUUAGAGGAUGCGGCAUCGUUGAUUAGCUACUAUGUAAAAAGACAGCCAGCCAUCCAGAAGGAGGACAAGGACACUAUACGCCAAGUUCUGCAUCAAUUCAUUCCUGAACUUUUUUUCUCUUCCACCUCUUCCUCUUGUCAGUCCCUUUUCAGUUCUACCACUGAAGAAACUCCAGCAGAAACAACCACAGAACCUUCUGUAACUGAACUUCCUGAACGUCGGAGGAAGGCAGCAAACCCUGAAGUAACCCCAGAACCCACUACCCCUACACAGUCUCCACCAGAGCCACCACCGAAGAUGACAGAAGAAAUGUACAGCUUGCUUUUUGCUAAUAACAACUGGUAUUUCUUCUUUCGGUUGCACCACACGCUUUGCUCUCGACUUUUGAGGAUUUAUCGCCAGGCACAGAUUCAGCUGCUGGAAUAUCGGACUGAAAAGGAGCGAGAAAAACUGCUGUGUGAAGGCAGGAAAGAGAAGUCAAAUGGGCCUGCCAUGGAACUGAGACUAAAGCAGCCCAGUGAGGUGGAAUUAGAAGAAUAUUAUCCUGCAUUCUUGGAUAUGGUGAGGAACCUUCUAGUUGGAAACCUAGACCCCACGCAUUAUGAGGACACAUUGCGAGAGAUGUUCACUAUACAUGCUUACAUUGGCUUUACCAUGGACAAACUUAUUCAGAACAUAACACGACAGCUCCAUCAUCUGGUGAGUGAUGAGAUCUGCUUAAAAGUGGUGGAGCUUUACCUGAGUGAGAAAAAGAGGGGAGCAGCUGGAGGCAGUCUGGUCACACAAUGUGUUAGAGCAUCCAAGGAGACCAGUUACCAGUGGAAAGCAGAGCACUGCAUGGCAGAUGAGAAUUGCUUCAAGAUGAUGUUUCUUCAAAGACAGGGCCAGGUGGUCAUGACAAUUGAGCUGCUUGACACAGAGGAUGUGCAGACAGAAGACCCUACAGAAGUACAGCACUUAUCCAGUUAUGUUGAACAAUUCAUCAAUGUAGAUGAACAAAACAACCAGAGUGAAGGAUUUCUGCUAAAGCCAGUUCUUUUACAGAGAAAUAUCAGACAUUUCCAAAGAUGGCAAUGCAGAACCAUGCGAAUGAUGAAGGAUGAAGUGAAAAGCUCAUGGAAACGACUCAUGGGAGUGGAAAGUGCCAGCAAUAUGGACUGCCGCUUUAGGCUCAACAGCCACAAGAUGAUGUUUAUAGUUAACUCUGAAGAUUAUAUGUAUCGCUGGGGAACACUGACUAGAGCCAAAGAGUUUCAGCCGAUGGUCUUCCAGAAGCAUCACGAGAAGUUUGCUGCUUGGCACAACAGCUGGCUACAGGAGAACGUCAGUCCUAGAGCAGCUGAACUGGUGCAGGACUGGCUGACUGGAGAAGAAGAUGAGGACAUGGUUCCUUGCAAGACUGUCUGUGAAAUGUCUGAGGUUCAUGGCAUGACAGUCACCAGAUACAGAGUGCAGUACACACGCAGAUCGUCCUCUCCCUGACAUAGGCACAUAUGCCCCCUGUCUGCAUUUGCUGCUGAAAAAAACUUUUCUUUUUACAGGGCUUGUUUUUUGCUGUUCUUAAGGGGUGUCUGACACUAGAAGAUAUUUAAAACCAGUGCCAUUAUUCUUCAGUUUGUGCUUUGGACACCUUAUUUGACCUUCUUAUACUGCCCCACUAAUACCCAAUGUGGGAUGAAUAGGUCCUUGUCAGGACUGGCUACAGUUACUGAUGAAAUAUGAGUAAUUGAUGGUAAGAAUUUCUGGAUUGACUAUUUCUUUAUCAAUCCAAAGUAAAUUAUGGUGCUGAGACGUGACAUUAUUGUUAAAAGGACAGAAAUGGAAUUUAUCGAUUUGUACGUGUUUGGUCCAGUAAAU